CUCUGGAAUUUUCUAUUUAAAUUGCAGCAAUGAGGGAUACUGUCAUUCUGAAUGGGUUUGCAAAAUAUUGAAAAUAUUUUAAGUGUUUGAUCAACUUUCUGGUAUCACUGCAUUUUGAAAUACUAAUUUUCCCCGUGUUGUCUUUGCAGUUGUUAGGAAACUUUCUCCAGUGGUAUGGAAUCCUUUCAAACAAAACUCUCCAGGAGCUGUCCAUAGAUGGGCUGCUAAAUAGAUACAUUCUUAUGGCUUUUCAAAACUCAGAGUACGGAGAGGACAGCAUCAAGAAAGCUCAAAGUGUAAUUGCUUGUUUUCCUAAACAAUGGUUCACUAAUUUAAAAGGAGACAAGACUAUUUCUCAGCUAGAAAAUUUCUGUAGAUAUCUUGUUCACCUGGCUGAUACAAUUUACAGAAACAGCAUUGGAUGCUCUGAUGUAGAGAAGAGAAAUGCAAGGGAGCACAUCAAGCAGAUCAUAAAACUCCUAGCAAGUAUCCGAGCCCUGGAUCAUGCUGUUACAGUUGCAAACGAUCACAACGUAAAAGAGUUAAAGAUUUUAAUAGAAGUAAAAUAGACUUUUCCCACAACUCAUUCUGAGCUUUAAAACCAUUCCUGAUGUGUAAUUUAUGUACAUAUGUAAAGUUUCUUAAACUGUAAAGUAUUGAUCUUUGUUUUAAUACAAAGUGCAUUCUUAUAUACAGCAUCCUGAAAAAAUAAAAACUAUUGACUUCAUUGAAAACAAAAAUGGAAUCCCAAGAUUGUCAUCUUUCUGGAAAUCAGAUUUUCCUUCAAGUUUUCUCAGAAUCUUGUUUACGAAAAUACUUUGUGCCCAUGAUUAGUGGUCAUCUACUCCUGUUGAUUGUUCCAUGGUUAACUGGAAUGUGUAUAAUAUAUUCUGUGUAAUGCAAAGUAUGCAUAUAUGCCACCAUGUUGCUUUCACACUGGAUAUAGAGAUGCAUUGUUGGAAUAAGCUUUUCAUUUGCUGAAAAAAGUACUUAUUUUGACAAUAAAAUGAUCGUAUUGUUGGUCAAAAGGGCUGGUAAAACAUUAAAAUGUGUGAAAACCAGGAGAGACACACUGAAAUGGAACCUGACCUGUUAAAAGCAGCUGUGC